ACCCGCUCGUGUCCUGCUCGAGCCCCGCAGCCUCCACAGGCCCAUGGAGAGCGGAGCCGCGCUUGUCCGCACCGGGGGCGCGUUGAUCGGAUGCCUUUCGCCUCAGCUGCGCCGUGAGGUGUUUUCCAUUCUGGAUUAAUUGGUUGACCGAUGGCUCCCAAACAUGCGCUCCUCUGCCCCGGGGUCGCAGGGCUAACUGGGGAAGGAGACCCCCGCUCCUCUUCCUCUUCCUCCUCCUGUUCCUCCUCCUCCUCAUGGAUCCUGGACGCGGGGAUGCUGGCCGUCCGCACGCCGAGCACCGCGCACAGGAGCCGGGCGCUGGGUGGGAUGACGGCCCGGUGCUUUGUGUUGGUCGGCGCGGUGCUGAUGCUGAUGAUGCAGAGCUGCUUGGCCGCUGACGCUGAGGGAGGUCAUCCUGACUCAGUGAGGCGGGCUGUGCUGCCUCUUGACCCUGCAGCUCCCUCCAACCUCUCAGCCACCCCUGAAAUCGGAGACAGGGCCGGGGGGGAAGACGAAGAAGCUCUGGACGGGGGGGCCGGAGCUUGGUCCGAGGGCAGAGUGUUCUCCGAGGACAGAACCGCAGUCUGGACGGAAACAGAAGCCGCGGUGCGUCCCGGAGCAGGGGGCAAAGUGUUUGCGGAGACGGGCAUCCUGAGAGGAGCCGGUGCCUGGGCUGAGGUCGGGGCUGAGGUCGGGGCUGAGGUCGGGGCUGAGUGGAGGCCAGUGGACAGGGAGGGGGGCGACCUGCCAAACAUGCCCAGGGAGGCGGCCGCCUGGCUGGGGGAGCAGGGGCUGCACACGCGUGGGGGGGGCCGCAGAGAGCAGGCGGCCUUUUCAUCAGUCCUCACCAUGCUGGCGGAGACGGCCGAGCUCCAGGCUCCAGCUGUGGGAAAACCUUUAGGGCUGCUGUCUAAAGCUGCCUGGACCAGAGGCUCCUCUUCAUCGUCAUCCAAGACCUCCUCCUCCUCUUCCUCCUCCUCCUCUUCCUCCUCUUCCUCCUCUUCUGCAGCCAAGGCCCCGUCUUUGCCUUCCUCAUCCCCCCCACCCAGUAACAGAAGCAGUCCCACAGCCGGGUCGAACAACGUAACUCUGGUGGCCGUCAACAGCAACUCCUCCAACAGCAACGGCAGCUUCGGCUCAGACGAGCCGGUGAACAACCUGCCGGCCUGGGAUCAACCCACCGUCCCCGAGUCCCUCCUGUCCACGGUGGGCGACCACGACGUCACGCUCCCCGCCAACGUCACCAGCCCUUUCUCCACCCGCCAGUGGAACACCACUGUGCCCGCACGCACCGGAAACACCUCACGCCCCACCACCACCCCCGGCACCACCAUGCAGAUGCCUCUGUUGACCACCGCCACCAUGUCAGCUUCACCGGUUUCCACCGCGGCGACCGCACAGACGCCGCCAGAAUCCACCACGGCUCAGAACAUCACGAGCCGGGACCUGGUGACCGGUGAAGGCCUUCAGCUGACCACGAUACCCACGACCAUAACCUCAACGACCACCCUGCCUGGGAGCACCGGUGAGGUGACGAUGCAGGCGGUGACCACCGGGAGCGCUGUGACGCUACCACCAAACAUCAGCGCCGCUACGACCGCGCAGCAGACGACGAGUCUCAAACCGACCACAGAGGCCACGUCUCCGCCUACAACCACCACCACCACCACGCCGGCUCCCACUACCACCACCACAGUACCUCCAACCACCACCACCACCACUACUACUACUACCACCACCCCUCCUCCCACUACUACUACCACCACCACCACCACCACCACUACUACACCUGCCCCAACAACCACUACAACCACUGCUCCCACUACAACCACCACAACGAAGGCACCUGUCACCACUGUGUUCACACUGGAGCUCACCACUCCACCUCCCACUACAACCACAGAACCUCCAUCCAGCACCAGUGCAGAGGACGGUCCUCUACCGUGCAACGUGACCGAGAAGUACUGGGUCAGAACAGUUUUGUCCAUCGAGCUGCGCAGGAACCGCCUGGACCUGAUCCUGAAGCAGAAUCUGUCUAAAGGGCUGAGCCACGCCCUGCAGCGAGCGCUGAACGACUCCACGGCCUCGGCUCAGGUGGAACAUGACGACUGCAGCCCCCACAACGUGAGCCUGGUCUACUACGUCACCAGCGGGAAGACCGUCCACGUGGCCUCUCGCGUGGUCGAGGCGCUGAACGUGUACGGCUUCGACAAACUGCUGUCGGACGUCAGGCAGCACAUGCCACUGGUGAGGGCCGUGCUGGUCCCAGUGGCAGCCUGGAUGCCCACGCCGAGCAUUCACCUGCAGCUGAGAACAGUGCUGAGGUUCGUCGGCCCCACAGACAACAUCUACUCCUGCAGCUUCGUCCAGAUGUUGGAGCAGCGGCUGGAGAACGCCUUCGAUGAGGCUCAGGACAAAGUGCUGGAGACGUACAACCGGCUGGCUGUGGAGAUCCAGAGUGUGUCCCAGGAGCCGGGCUCACCGGCGGUCUCACUGGUUUACGUUGUGAAGAACCAGGACGCCGUCCUCAACGGGACCAUCUCCAGCGGCCUCCUCAACCAGCUGACCGCCGAGCUGGUGGGCUACUUCCUGUUCUACCCCCCCCUCGUCAUCGCCGAGCCUCUUGAAUACCAUAAUCUCAACACGUCGAUGGCAACAAAGAACUAUUGGGUGAAAACAGUGAUCCAGGACGUGGACUCCUCCUCCCUGGAGGCCAACUACCAGAGCUUCGCCAACCUGAUGGAGCAGCGGCUGGCCGAGCUGUUCCUGGUGGCCGGCCGGCAGGGCGCACAGGCGGCUCGAUCCCGGCGCGCCACAUCCGUAGGGGGCUACACUGUACAGAUGGUGAGCAUCCGUCGCCUGCCCGGCCCCAAGAACCCUGCGGAGAUGACCUUCUACGCCCAGCUGAACGGAGCAGCCCUCACUGGAACCACUGCCGCCAAGACCCUCAGCAGCCUGGACUCCCAGACCAUGGCUCUGACGCUGGGAUACUUUGUUCAAGUGCAGGCUGAACCCGUGGUCAAGAUUCCGCCCAGCAACCUGUGGAUCAUGGCCGUCCUGACGCCCCUUUUCCUGCUGAUGGUGGUGAUCGGCAUGGUGGCCUUCAUCCUGUGCAAGAGGAACCGGGUCAUCUUCAAAAGCGGCGCCUUCAGGUCGUUCAAAACCCGCUCCAAGACGUCAUACCGAAGGGAGGCCAGUUACCACCACCAGCCGGUCCAGGGCUUCGACUACGCCAAGAAGCACAUGGGACGCACGGGGGACGACGCUGUCUCCGUCACCAAGGACACGCUGGUGCUGGGGCUGCCUGUGAGAGACGCUCCGUUGUCCCUGUCCCUGGAUAAGAAGGUCCACCAGGACGGCACGGCCAGCAAGAGGCCGCCAUCGGCCGACAUUCACAAAGGAGGACGGGUGCCCAGCGAGGAGGACUCGGUGUCGAGCGGCGGUUCCACGAAGAUGAACGCCAGCAAGAGCUCGUCGGCCCGUCGGACGGCCACCGGCAGCAGCACCAAGAACGCCAAGGAGGAGCUGCACAAGAGGAGCCCCAACGACCCGUACGAGGACCACACUGGUUCCCUGCGUCUCAUCACCAUCAAACCCAUGACGGCCCAGCCCACCUACUCCUACCCCUCGUCCUCCUCCCACAGCCAAGACUCGGUGGUGCUCAACGGGGACGCGAACCACAGUGGCCUGAAGCAGAAGUCGGACAUCGAGCACUACCGGAACAAGCUGCGUCAGAAGGCGCGGAGGAAAGGCUACGGGGAGUUCUCUCUGUCGGAGAACGGCAGCCACGGCCACGGCCACCGGGACGCCAGGCACGGCCGGCACGAGCCCGGCCUCAAGGAGCCGAUGACCGCCGAGGAGAAGAGGGCCUCGUUCGCCGGCUGUCACAAGAGGUACUCUCACCCCCGGGAGCCCAACUACUGGAGCCGUCAGUCCCUGAGCAGCCCGAGCCCGGUGGAGACGGAGAUGGACCUGCUGGUGCUGAGGGAGCGAUCCAGGAGGGGGAUCCGCAACAACGGCUACGAUGGCGAACCGGAGCCGUUCGAGGAGACCAACGUGGACCGGCUGAUGAGCUCUCUGGGCUACGGGGGUGGCUCCACCGGCACCGGCAGCUUGGGGGUGAAGGCUCACCGCGGCUCCGACUCGUCCACCCUCAGCUCGCAGCCGUCCAUCGACGAGGUCCGCUCGCAGAUGCACAUGCUGCUGGGCAACGCCUUCAGCCUGGCGCCUCCGGACCACGACCCCCCCUCCCCGCCAACCAACAGCCGCCACCACCACCACCACCACCUGCACCACCUGGCCCACAGCGCCUACAACCCCUCCCACACCAGCCACUACAGCGACGGGGUCACCAGCGCUCCGGGGACCAUGAACCAUCCCUGUGGCGGCAGGCAGAGGAGCGCCGGAUACGAGGACAUGCACCAGUGCAGCCUGCCCAAACCGGGUUUCCGGUUCACUCAGCUUCCUGACAUGGGCAUCGGUUCUCCCCCGCCGCUGAUCCCCUCGAGGGCGGGGCCGCCGCCGGGGACCUCACUACGACGUUCCACCCCCGAUGUUAGUCUGAAGCCUCGAGUGUCAGAGGUCAACGACCUUCAGGCCCAAAUGCACAACGGCGCCCCCUACCUGCCGCUGUCCAGGACCCCGUUCCCCGCUGUGACCGUCGACCAGUCCAUCACCAGCUACUCAGGAAACCCAAUAACAGCCGUCUACGCUAUAUCAGCCAACCGCCCGGGCUACUCGGAUUACUUCGUCAUGUCUCCGCCGUCCUCGUACCGUAGCCCGUCCUGGAUGUCCUACCCCCCCGAGCCGGAGGACCUGCCGAGGCAGUGGAACGACACGCCGAACUCACGCCACCUGGAAACCAUCUGCUGAAGACGCCGUCCCUGACGAGCUCGGUGUCUCUCUGGACUGGAGGACCUGCUUCUAACAGAAGACCCUCUGGAGCUUUAUCAACCCCACCCCCCCACCUCCUCCUCCUCCUCCUCCUUCUGGAGUCCGGCCGCCCUUCUUCCUGUCUGAUUCCUCCAUCACCAGUGGACACCCCCAACCCCAACCCCCCACCCACUCUCCACCUCGACACUUCCUCCAGCUGUCCCUCGCUCCCCCGGCCGGAACUCCGUCUUGUGAAUCCUCCUCCUGGUCAAAGCUCCACUUCGAUCUCCUGACCAAUGAAAAUCUUCAGCCAUAAGAUUCUCUCUCUCUGUCUCUCUCUCUCUCUCUCUCUGUCUCUCUCUCUCUCUCUCUCUUCCCCCCCCCCCCCCCUCUCUCUUUCUCUCUGCUCCCUGAGCCCUGGACCUCACUGGGCCCCCGAGUUUCUUCUUCUCCGCCGGCUGCCUCCUCUGUGGUGAGAGCCAGAGAACAACACUGCUGAACCGACCUGAGGUGAUGAGAGCUGCAACGCGCCGCCCUGCCUGACAACACACAUUGUGUAGCCGGGGUGAGCGCGGUGCAGGGCGUGGUGCAGUACCUGCCUCCUGCCCAGCUCCCGGGCCGGACCGACCUGGACUCCAAGCCGGGAUCCCUGGACUGACUUUAAAACUGUGCUUUUCUUUUCUUUUUUUGAUGAAUCCAAAUUCCUAUGUAAACCUCCUACAGUUGGUUAAUAUGUGUAUUUUAAACUUAAGUGAGAAAAAAACAUCUAAAGUGAAAAAGCAACAAAAAAAAAAAGAACAAAAAAAACCAACAACCUCUGUUGAGCCGUCUGGAUUUCAGUUUUGGAUUUCUGUGUGCUUCUGUCUUUUACUUUCGUGCAUUGAUGGUUAUCAAUGGAUUCCUGUACAAAGAACAUGUCGUGAGUGUCUCUCUGUCACUCACCGUAUUUCAAGGCAAAAAAAAUAUCGUAUAUUCUUUGAAGCAGAGAAAAACGGUGGCUUAGUCGUUUGUGGCUACGACGGCGUUUCUGUACUUUUAAAAAGACUUCAUUCAUUUUACCUUUUUCCUUCAUCAGCCUCCGGUGGUGAAAACGAGAAUAAGUCACAACGUUCGGUCGAUCAUCUGAUCACGAAGUUAGUUUUUUUGUGCGUCUCCUGACCGCGACGCAGGCCGGGGUCGAACCUGCGACUGGAACCCGACUCACGCUGUGCUGUGAUUCGUCGCUUCGCCAUCGCUGCCGAGGUCGUUCGCUCCAACACUCACAGUGGGAGGAGUUCUGGAUCUGUUCCAGAUGUGUGAGGGAUCCACCGCCAUCCAGAUGUGUGUGUGUGUGGGGGGGAUCCUUUAAGACACACCUUAAACCACGCCCCCUUUCCCUCACCUAUUAAACCCCCUGUGCUGGCGUGGAGUCAGUUGAUGGACACACGUUUCCCGAGCCUCUUCACUCAGAGAACCGAGGUUACAAUGUAACCCAGUGAUUCCAGUUCCGGUUCGACUCCGGCCUGUGACGAUCACGUGACCACGCCGGUACUCUUAGAAAAAACAAGCUGUUCUUUUUACUUGAAAGUUGUCUACUGUAUUCUACUGUGUAAGGAACUCUGACUCUUUUUGGUCUCGGUGAAAAGGGACGGACAUGAAAAUGGCGUCGUCCUGUUUCCAGAGCCGUGUAACGAUUAAAUGUGUCCCUGUAUAUAGAAGAGGAUUUAACAAAGAGAUUUAUGCAAGAGGUGCUGGAGGGAAACAUUGCUCUGAUGCCAUUUCCUUCCUUUUAGUUCCACUUGGUUGAUGAUGGACUGUUUUUUGAAGUGCACACAUUGCAGCAUCAUCUUGUUCCACGGUGAUAGAACAGAGGAUGAGAGGAAACAGAGGGUCCAGAGCGACAUGCAGCAGAUCCAACCCUGUGUUCACAUCAUGUAUCUCCUUUAAAACUAAACAACCUGAGUUUCAGAGCAAAGAAGGUCACAGUCUAAAUUAUAUUUACUUUAGUUUUUUCUGAGGACAACUGGAAAUCUAUGAGCACAGUCUGCGUCCGGCCUCUCAGCGUCCAGAAGGAACCAAAGGAGAUCACAGCCAUAAACUAACUUCACUGAGUGGACGUGGAAACAGCUGAGAUGCAGUGUCAUGUCCCGGGUGGCUAAUAAAUCCCAAUGAGAGAAUAAUAGAGGAAAUGAUAAGGCAGGAUAGAAUAGAUAUAGGAAGUAGAGUUUAAAAUGAAAUGAGCACUUUUAUAAAGAGGCCAAACCUGGAAAAGAAAAGGAGCCGUCAAUGCAAAGAAGAUGCUGUUGUAUAGCAUGAAAUAUUCUGGUUCUCAAAUGUACAGAAUGUUUUACAAAUACUUGGAACGCUGUACAUUCACAAUCAGAUUGAAAGAGUUUUUAAAUACCCAGACACAUUUUCUGAUCCCUUCCACAGGAUACGAGGAUUUAUGCACAGUGUUAUUCAAGGGACAUGGAAAGUUUUAAAGACUCGAGGUGGAAUGUACAUUAUAUAGAAACAUAUAUAAAUUACAGAUUUAGAUGUUUUUAAAGAGUUGAAAUUCUUAAAAUUUAAGAUGAAAUUAUAGAAAUACCAGCUUUGAAAGGGGAGGAGGAGGAGGGGGGGCGGGGGUUGUUCCUGGAUCUUUGUGUGAUAGUAUUUCAAAACUACAUAUUUAUGUCCUUAAAUACAAAUUGAAAAGGGAGAAUCAACUUAUCGAAUAUAUACAUUUAACUUGUAAAUAUGACAUUUGGUUUUCAUAACAUGUCGAAAAGGUGCAAACUUGUUUCUCUUUUAGUUCAGGAACUUGUUUUUUGUGAAUCCGUCUUUUUUUCUGAAUCCAGUUCUGCACAUGGUAAAUGUUCAGUGUGGAGGAAAGUGAUCGGACCAGAUUCAUGUUCUCUGAUAACCGUCAGACUUUAAAUCAUGUGUAGAAACAACUCGUCCACUCAUGUUUUGUGUUGCCUCCAUGUGUGAGGGGGGGGGGGGGACUUGAUGCUAAGGGUUGAUGUGCAAUGUUUCCACACGGGUAGCGGCGAGAUGCUUUUAUUGAAGACGGACUCCGGGAUGGACUGACUGUCAGAAGUAGUUUUGUUUUUUCUUCUGCCGUUUGAGCCAUGUCAUGAUGCUGUGAUGUCAUGGCGGCGCUGAUGAUGUCACACUGUGGAGGAGGGGGGGAGGGGGCGGAUGAGGUCACAGUGAUAACAUCUAUGAAUGCUGUUGGAUGUCGUAAUGCAGAAAAAUAAAACAUUUUUGGUGAAUUUAAA